AUACACCGCAGCCGCAGGCGCUGUGAACCUUUUUCCAGCCAGCUGCGGCUGUGCUCGCAAGAGAGCCCGACCAUGGACGGUCUCCGGGUUAGCGCAGGGCUGAGGCGCGGGCGGUUAAGGCGCCGGCGGCAGCCGCAGCCGCACAGUGGGUCGGUCCUGGCCCUGCCCUUGAGGCCCAGGAAGAUCCGAAGGCAGCUGAGGAGAAGUGUUGCGUCCCGCAUGGCCGCGCUGAGGGCCCAGAAGCUGCCGAGUGAGGACUCGGAGGACUCGAGGUUGGAGUCGACCAUCGACGAUCCCGGGGACCCGCUGCCCGGUGGGACGGCGGCCAUCCUGGAUGCGUCCCGGCGAGAGCCGUACGGCCAUCUGGGGCCUGCAGAGCUGCUGGAGGCCUCACCCGCGGCCCGCUCCCUGCAGACCCCCCGCGCCCUGGUGGAAGCGCAGACCCCGCCAGCGCGCCUGGUGGAGGCACAGACCCCGCCGGCGCGCCUGGUGGAGGUGUCCGCGGUGCCGGCCCGCGUGGUGGAGACCUCGGCCCUGCUGUGCUCUGCCCAACAUUUGGCGGCUGCCCCACCGUCUGUGGCCCCUGCGACGCUGUCGGGGCCUCAAGGGGAUAGCACGGGAGGGGAGGUGCCAUGGGACUCCCCGCUGCAGCGCGUUUUGGCAGAGCUGAACCGCAUCCCCAGCAGCCGGCGGCGGGCGGCGCGCCUGUUUGAGUGGCUCAUCGCACCCAUGCCUCCAGACCACUUCUACCGCCGCCUGUGGGAGCGGGAGGCGGUGCUCGUGCGGCGGCAGGACCACACCUACUACCUGGGUCUUUUCUCAACUGCAGAUCUGGACUCCGUGCUUCGAAACGAGGAGGUGCAAUUUGGGCAGCACUUGGACGCAGCUCGCUACAUCAACGGACGGCGCGAGACCCUGAAUCCUCCGGGCCGCGCCCUGCCUGCCGCCGCGUGGUCCCUGUACCAGGCUGGCUGCUCCCUGCGCCUCCUCUGUCCGCAGGCUUUCUCAACCACCGUGUGGCAGUUUUUGGCUGUGCUCCAGGAGCAGUUUGGAAGCAUGGCAGGCUCCAACGUUUAUCUCACGCCCCCCAACUCGCAGGGCUUUGCCCCCCACUACGACGACAUCGAGGCUUUUGUGCUACAGCUGGAAGGUAGGAAACUCUGGCGUGUCUACCGACCCCGGGUCCCGACUGAGGAACUGGCCCUUACGUCCAGCCCCAACUUCAGCCAGGAUGACCUUGGUGAGCCGGUGCUGCAGACCGUUCUGGAACCUGGAGAUUUGCUCUAUUUUCCUCGGGGCUUCGUUCACCAAGCCGAAUGCCAGGAUGGAGUGCACUCCCUGCACCUCACCUUGUCCACGUACCAGCGCAAUACCUGGGGCGACUUCCUGGAAGCCGUACUGCCCCUGGCAGUACAGGCUGCAAUGGAAGAAAAUGUGGAGUUUCGAAGGGGUCUGCCCCGAGACUUCAUGGAUUACAUGGGGGCCCAGCAUUCGGAUUCUAAGGAUCCGCGAAGAACUGCUUUCAUGGAGAAGGUGCGGGUUUUGGUUGCCCGCUUGGGACACUUUGCCCCUGUCGAUGCUGUGGCUGACCAGCGAGCCAAAGACUUCAUCCACGAUUCUCUGCCCCCUGUGUUGACUGAUAGGGAAAGGGCACUGAGUGUUUAUGGACUCCCAAUUCGCUGGGAGGCUGGAGAACCUGUAAAUGUGGGGGCCCAGCUGACAACAGAAACAGAAGUGCACAUGCUUCAGGAUGGUAUAGCUCGACUGGUGGGUGAGGGAGACCAUUUGCUUCUCUACUAUACAGUGGAAAAUUCCCGUGUUUAUCAUCUAGAAGAGCCCAAGUGUUUGGAGAUAUACCCUCAGCAAGCUGAUGCCAUGGAACUCUUGCUCCGCUCCUACCCAGAGUUUGUAAGAGUAGGGGACUUGCCCUGUGACAGUGUAGAGGACCAGCUUUCCUUGGUGACCAUGUUAUAUGAUAAAGGGCUGUUGCUUACUAAGAUGCCUCUCACCUGAGCUCUGGUUUCUUAUGAUUGCUGGAAAUGGGACAGUAGUGAUUCUUUCUUACCACCACCUUUUUUGGGUGUUCUUACCUUGAUAACCAUCAGUGUGCUCACAUUUACCUUUAUGACUGCUUCAGUGUCACAAAUCUCAGAUGAUCUUCUAGGAAGCACCACUUCAUCUAGGCACAAAGUACAAGCAGAAGCUGAAGGUGGAAAAAGCUAUUUCUGCAGAAGUAACUUUGAUCCCUGAUCAUUACAGAGCACCAGCUGCUUCAUCAUCCUUAGGCUUUAGUGUACCAUGUAGCACUUGCUGUAUCAUUCUGCUUGAGACAUUAGAGUUUUUAUUUGGAAUUUA